AUGGAACGUGCUGAUUCCGACCCUGUUGUGUCGUCGUCUAGCUCCGGCGUUACCGUUUUACAGUAUCUUUUGCAGAAUGAGUCCACCGCACCUGUGGUUGGUGGAGAGAGCCGUCCCACUGGUAACGCAAGCUCCACAUCAAUUGGAUCUGCCCCAUCGGUACAAAUCUAUCCCUGCACGCAUCCAGGCUGUAAGAAACUGUAUCUAAACGAGGAACACCUGAAGGCGCAUGAAAGGUACCACAAUGGGGAUGCCCUGUGCAUUGGAAAACAAGCGACGAAGGGAGACAACAUAGUGCACGAAGAGUCAAAGCAGGAACAGCAUGAGCAGAGUGAUUUACGAUUUCUGCUACAAAACGGUCAUAUGGAACUGCUGCCCGACGCGCACGACAAUUCGGAUGAAAUCGUAGUGGAAGAGCUUGUCGAAGAGUCUUCGGAUGAUCAAGACGAACUACGAAUGCAAGAAAAAAGCCUCGUUUUACAAGGUACGAAUCAAAUUGAAGAUGAUUUUGUGGUGCAUGAGCAGCUUCAUUCGAACGGGACCGAAUUUGAGGAUUCGAUCAUAGAGUACGACGGGGGAUCCGAUUCGGAAGAGCUGCAUGUCGUAGAUGCGAACGCACAGCAAGAGAUUGUUGAUGACACGGAUGACGACGAGUAUGAUGAUGACGAUGAUGAUGGUGAGGACAGCUUUUUUGGCGCACCGAAACAACUCACCUACUCCAGCAAGGAACGCAAAUACGCCUGCGACUGGCCACAUUGUGAUAAAACGUACAUUAAGGUUUCGCACCUUCGGGUGCACCAACGGUCUCACACCGGCGAGCUACCCUUCGCCUGUAGCUGGACCGGUUGCAGGCAGCGGUUUGCGCGGGCCGAAACGCUGAACCGUCAUCUGGUGACACACACGAGCGAUCGCAAUCACAACUGCCGAUGGUGCGAGAAGCGCUUUCAUCGGCGGGAUCAUCUGCUCGCCCACGUGCGUCGACACAAUCUACCGAACAGUGAAUUUCAGCAGCUUUUUCCCGGAGUUAAGGUGACCAAAGCAGUACUAAAAGAGGAAGCACCAAAGCCAUCUACUAACCCACCGAUAGAGGAAAUCCCACCAACCGACACGAUUCCUGCUGCCACUGCUAACUCGAUCGUUCCGGACCCCCGGGAUCCAGCCAGAACGUUCCGCUGCUCGUACGUAGGCUGCACCAAAAGCUACACCCGCCAAAGCCAUCUAAAAGCGCACGAACUGCUCCACACCGGUACGCUGCCAUUUCGCUGCCCGUGGGAAAACUGUGGGGCGGCGUUUGCCCGCUCGUACGAGCUGUCCCGCCACCGUCGGAAGCACUCGGGCGAGCGGAAGUUUGUGUGCCACAUCUGCCAGCAAGCGUUCAUACGCAGCGAUCAUCUUUCGUGCCACGUUAAGCGGCACACGUUCCGGGCGGUGCGUGUUAAACGCUGCCGGGGAGAUGUGAGGGUAAAGCUGAAGGUUAAGUAG